AUGGUUGAUGAUCCAGAUCCUCCGCUUCAUGAGUACCACCAGUCAGGAGACCUAAUCAUUGGAGCUAUCGCUUCCCACACUUUCAUCGUCUCCAAUGCAAUCAGUUUCAUUGAAAAACCCCCAUCACCUUUGCCUGAAGAGCUUGUUGUGGUACCUAAGAAUUAUCAGCACAUCCUGGCCUUGGCAUUUGCAGUAAAAGAGAUUAAUGAAAACCCUCAGCUCUUACACAAUGUCACCUUGGGCUUCCACAUCUAUGACAGCUAUUUCACUGACAAGUGGACCUACCAUGCUUCAAUGCUACUCAUAUACACCUUGGGAGGUUUUGUUCCAAAUUACAACUGUGAUGUCCAAACGAACCUGAUUGGGGUCAUUGGGGGACUGGACCCCCCAACUUCACUGCAAGUGGCAACGCUUGUGGAUAUUUACAAGAUUCCACAGCUCAUCUAUGGCCCUGCUCCAGUGAUGAAUGACAAAACGCCAGGCAUCCCUUUCUACCAGAUGGUGCCCAGAGAACACAUUCAGUUUGCAGGGAUUCUUUCUUUGCUUCUGCAUUUCAGGUGGACUUGGAUUGGACUCCUAACUAUGGAUAAUGACAAUGGAGAAAGAUUUGUGCAAAAUGUGGUUCCACCUUUUUCUCAGAGUGGUAUCUGCUUUGCCUUCAUAGAAAGAAGCCCAGCAUUGACCGUUGUCACUGAAAUUAAUGACAUAUUUAACAAGGGGGGUAAAAUAGAUGAUAAAAUCAGAGACAGUAAAGCCCAUGUAGUGGUGGCAUAUGGAGAAUCUUAUGGGAUUGUGUUCUUGAGAUGGUUUCCAUAUCUGUCAGGACAAGAACAUAUACAGAAGAAGUCAAAAGGUAUAGUGUGGAUAAUAACAGCCCAGACUGACCUCACUUCAAUGGUAUAUCAGAAGACUUGGGAUACAGAAAUAAUCCAUGGAUCUCUCUCAUUUACAAUUCACUCCAAUGAUCUACCAGAAUUUCAAGAAUUUGUUAGAAGCAGAAACCCAUCCAGCACCACAGGAGAUGGUUUUAUCAAGGACUUCUGGCAACAGGCCUUUGGGUGCGUAUUCCCAAAUACAGAUGCGGUCAAGCUCCACUGGUUUUUGAAAGGUGUCUCAUUUAACAACAGUGCAGGGGGAAAAGUUUCCUUUGACCAGAAUGGGGAGUUAGCAGCUGGUUUUGAUAUCAUGAAUUGGAUUUUCCCUGGAAACCAAUCCUUUCAUAGAGUGAAAGUUGGGAGGCUGGAUCCCCAAGCUCCUCCAGAACAAGCAUUUGAAAUUAAUGAGGAUGCUAUAAGAUGGCACAGGGGAUUUAACCAGCUACACAAAGAUUCCAUCCUUUUUUCAGAUGCAACUGAUUGUUAUAAAUGCACAGAUGAAAAAUAUCCAAACGAAAGACAAGACCAAUGUAUUCCGAAGGAUGUCAGCUUCUUGUCUUAUGAAGAACCUUUGGGCCUCUGUUUAGCCUCUUUAGCUCUUUUAUCUUCUAUUAUCACAACUCUAGUGCUUGCAAUGUUUAUAAAACACCACAAUACUCCCAUUGUCAAAGCCAACAACCGGGAUCUCACCUAUACUCUCCUCAUCUCACUCCUGCUUUGCUUCCUUUGUACAUUUCUGUUUAUUGGAGAACCCCAUAUGGUGAUGUGUCUCUUCCGACAAAGUGCCUUUGGCAUCAUCUUCUCAUUAGCUGUGGCUUGUGUGCUGGCAAAAACCAUCACGGUAGUUCUGGCUUUCAUGGCCACCAAACCUGGAUCCAAAAUGAGGAAGUGGGUGGGAAAGAGUCUGGCCAGCUGCAUUGUUCUUUCCUGCUCCCUCCUCCAAGCACUUAUUUGUACUGUUUGGCUUGCAACUUCUUCCCCAUUCCCAGAUGUUGACAUGCACGCCUUCACUUCAGAAAUUGUAUUACAAUGUAAUGAGGGGUCUGUGAUUAUGUUCUACUGUGUACUUGGCUACCUGGGAUUCCUGGCAUUUGUCAGUUUCACUGUGGCUUUCCUUGCCAGAAAGUUACCUGGCAGUUUCAAUGAAGCCAAGUUCAUCACUUUCAGCAUGUUUGUCUUUUGCAGUGUUUGGUUAUCAUUUAUUCCCUCCUACCUGAGCACAAAGGGAAAAUACAUGGUGGCAGUGGAGAUCUUCUCUAUUUUAACUUCCAGUGCUGGACUGCUGGGUUGCAUCUUUUCCCCAAAAUGUUACAUAAUUGUCUUGAGACCUGAGCUGAACAACAAGGAACAGCUGAUAAGGAGAAAAUCUCAAAUAAUGUAA